UUGGGCGUUAUUCUCUUUUCUUUACUGGCAAUUUUAAAGUUUGCUUGUGGAUAACAGUGUGGGUUUUUUCCUUUCCUUUCACUUGGGGCUUUGUCUUUUGUUCAAUUGGGGAUUGUUUUGCUUGGCUUAUUUGGGCUUGGCUAUUGGACUUGGGUGGCUAUGCCCAGAAAGGCAAAAGGGAAGAGAGGGGGACGGCCUAUUCAGCCACCUAGGAGGCCUGCCCCUCCACCAUCUUCAUCUGAGGAGGAUGACGAAGAGAUGGGAGUGAUCCGCAGUUUGAUUGCUAGGAUGGAGGUCUUGGAGAAGGCCAAAGGUGCUCCUUCAGAUGGGGGUGCUGGUCCCUCUGGCGGUGGGGGUGUGCCGCCGCCCAAGGUUCCCCGCCGCACUAGGGGUUCAGCCCGUUCUCAAUUGUUAACUUCCCUUUCCAUUAGGUUGGCCACUCUGGAGAAAGGAACAGAUCCGGCCGGCCCUCCUCCUCCUGGUCGGCCUGUGGCGCCUUCUGCACCUGUUAGUCCAUCUCCUGGGCAGCCUGCCCCUGUACUGCCGCUCCCAGCUCCUUCCAAUCCGGUUCCGGAGCUACCGUUGCCGUCGCAGCCGGAUCCUGCUGCACCAGUUGAUCAGCCGCCUGCGGACCCGACUGUGCCUGUACCUCUUGGUGGACAGAUUCAGGGAGUUGGCGCCCGAGGCUGCGCCACUUCCGGAUCCCAUGCCAGUCUUUCUGUGGCAGCUUGGCAGGUCGAGGCACAGCAGGCCAUAGUGGCGUCCCUGGCGCCCAGCACCAGGAUGCUGGUGGAGCGGGAGCUCCGGUUCUGAUGUGCGGCCACUCGCUGGUCUUCUGGGCUUUCAAGCGAGCCAGCACCUCUCACUGGGGAUCGCAGUUGGGUUUCGGGAGAAGAGCAUCAGUGUAUUGGUUGAGCAUGCGGGGCAUGCUAUGGAACCAAUUGCUGCCCGCCAUCGAGCAGCAUUUAGUUAGCUUCCCCAUUCCCAGUAUAUUGGUCCUACAUCUGGGGGAGAAUGACUUAGGCUGGCGGACUGGUCUGUCCAUUGUUCAGCAAGCCUCUGCUGAUAUAGCCUUACUUCAAAUUUGGAUGCCUGGGGUGCGGGUGCUAUGGGUUAACUGGAUUCAGCGUAGGGUUUGGCAGAAUGCCCGUUGCGGGCUGAGCCUGGAGAGAGCCCGUAGGAAGACUUCGGCUGCAAUCAGUAAACUGAUAUUGGCGGCCGGAGGGGGCUGUAGCGUGGCAGCCUGAUAUAGUCACCCGCUGUCCGGAGUUAUAUCGGGCUGAUGGCGUUCAUUUAUCCGUACAAGGCUGUGAUUGUUAUCUAGGUAACAUUCGGCGGGGGCUUGCUGAUCUUCUGGAUGGGUGUGGGGCAGGGGGGUCAAGCGAGGGCUAACCACCCUGGGUGGCAAUAACAGUGCGGGCUGAAGGGUAAGGGAGGUUAGAGUAUCGGUGAGCACCCUUGGAUAUUUAAAGGUGGAUUGGUCAAUCGCUCCUUUGUUGCCUGCGCGGCACAGGGAGUAAUUUCAUUGCCAUGAAACCUGUUUCAGGAAUUCACCAACCUUUGGGCUGUGCGGUCCGGGGCGGGUGAAGACCUGGAGAUGUCCAGAUCACCUCCGAUAAAGGGGUGGUCAGUGUUGAAGGAAUGCGGCGGGAUGUGCCCGCCUCUUUCCUGAGCCAGGAUGUGUCGCCCAAUGAGGCAAUGGGUAGGAUGGGGAAAUCCUAACCCAUGCCUCAGGGCCCGCACUGUUUUCUGUUUACUGUUUGAUGAAGGUGAUUAUCACCUCAUGUUCAGUCUGCCAUGCCUAUGGUUCUUUAAUAAAGCGUGGCCCUU